UACUCGAUGUAUAGUUAAAAAAUGGGAGGGCACACUUGAACCGAGCUCUUCUAUGAAGGUAGGCUGCAGCGUGUGUUUAUUGAUGAGAUGAAAAGAAGAUGGAAGUGAGAAAUGAAACAAAGUAAAGGAACAUACUGAGAAAGAAGAAAAGCAAAGUAAACACGCUUCGUCGGGGGGAAAAACAGGGAAACACUGUCGCCACUUUUUUUGAACGAGCUUCGAAGUGCAGCAGAGGAACACAUGAUUUGGACAGAGAAGACUGACAGCCUUGCCUAGCACCAGGCCACUGAUCAGCCAUCUCCACCAGCAAAUUGACCCGCUCUUCAUCACCAGCCUCACAAGCAUUUUCAUUUAAAAAAAAAAACAAAACAUCAUCUAACUGUUUUUGUAAACCUGGCUGGCCAACAUGUUACUGCCAUGUGUAAAAGGUGACAUCAGUUGCAAGGGGAUGACCGAGCGCAUUCAUAACAUCAAUCUCCACAACUUCAGCAAUUCUGUACUUGAGACCCUCAAUGAGCAACGAAACCGCGGGCACUUCUGUGACGUGACCGUUCGGAUCCAUGGAAGCAUGCUGCGAGCUCACCGGUGCGUGCUGGCCGCUGGAAGCCCAUUCUUUCAGGACAAGCUGCUCUUGGGCUACAGCGACAUCGAGAUCCCCUCUGUGGUCUCAGUGCAAUCCAUCCAGAAGCUGAUUGACUUUAUGUACAGUGGAAUCCUGCGGGUUUCUCAGUCAGAAGCGCUACAGAUCCUCACCGCUGCCAGCAUUCUGCAGAUCAAGACCGUCAUCGAUGAGUGCACCCGCAUCGUGUCCCAGAAUGUGGGCCUGGCUGGUCCGGGGGGGUUCCCUGUGAUACCAGGAGAUUCUGGCCAGGAGACGCCCCGUGGCACACCAGAGUCUGGCACCUCUGGGCCCAGCAGUGAUGCAGAGUCAGGCUAUAUGCAAGUAACAUCACAGCAAAGUGUAGAUCGUACAUACACAUCCCUGUACUCCUACCCCGGCCUGUCUCUGCAGAAUGGCACCCGAGAGCGGUCCCUUUACGUUAACCCCCUGUCAGCAAAUUAUGAUCCAAGCAAUCAGAAGGACCAGCAAUCUCAAGAUCCGCCCUGGAUAAACCGCAUCCAGGAACGGUCCCAGCAGGUGGAACGCUUCAUGUCCAGUGCAGAGUCCACUCACUGCCGCAAGCAACCACGACCGGUACGCAUCCAAACAGGAGGGAUGCACAUAAAGCAGGAGGCCGAAGACGAGUUCACCUGCUACGACAUGGGGGACUGCCAAGAUGACACUGACCACAACGAGGGCGUGGAGGGCGAAUCCAAGGUUGAAAACUUUGACUCAGGGGUCAGCUCCUCCAUCAGCACAGAGACGGACACCAUGGAGCAGCAGCCGUACCUGACGAGCUUCAGUCGAGACGCGGUUGGGGAAGGGCAGCAAGGCAUCGAAGGAGCUCCAGUGCAGAUAGAGGUCAGCGACUCGUCCCCAGAGCGGAUGCAAAAGACGGAGGACGGGGACACUUCCCACAGCACUAGUGACAGUAGCAUGAUGCAUCCCCUGCCAAACUCAGUCAAACUCAGUCCCAUGUCCCAGUACAUGCGCCAGAUAGAAUCACACACCAGCAACCUGAGGAUGCCGAUCACCGUGCCCAGCAAUUCCCAAGUGAUGGGCACCGCCGGAAGCUCCUUCCUGCCCACACUCUUCCCCACGCAGCCGUCUAGAGACCACAAGCCUUUCCUUUACCUUCCUGGCCAGCAGCAGCCCCAGUUCGUGGCAGUGCCGCCACCCGCAAUGCCAUCAUUCCCGAACCCCAUGUCGGUACCGCAGGCUCCAUCUCAGCAGCAGCAGGCUGCAGGAGGGAUUGGUCCGGGGGAAAAGAAGCCCUAUGAAUGCACUCUCUGCAGUAAGACCUUUACUGCCAAACAGAAUUACGUCAAACACAUGUUUGUCCAUACUGGUGAGAAGCCUCAUCAGUGCAGCAUCUGCUGGCGCUCGUUCUCCCUGAAGGAUUACUUAAUUAAACAUAUGGUGACACACACAGGGGUGCGCGCCUACCAGUGCAGCAUCUGCAACAAGCGCUUCACCCAGAAGAGCUCGCUGAACGUCCACAUGCGGCUGCACCGUGGAGAGAAGUCCUAUGAGUGCUACAUCUGCAAGAAGAAGUUCUCACACAAGACCCUGCUGGAGCGCCACAUGGCCCUGCACAGCAACGCCAGCGCCAUCACGGGGCUGUCUGUGAGUGUGGGCACCCCGGGCCCGGUCUCCAUCCCAAUGCCGAUAGCCGUCCCCGAGCCCGGAGCCGGAGUUGUGGCCCUCGCCAUGCCAGUGAGCGGCGGCGCCGGAGUAGGGGCCGGGGUUGGAACGGGAGUGGGUGUAGCUGCCGAAGCAAGCUGCCAAGAAGGGACCACCUACGUGUGCUCCGUCUGCCCUGCCAAGUUCGACCAAAUGGAGCUCUUCAAUGACCACAUGCGAAUGCAUGUCUCCGAUGGAUAAGUACAAAUUUAAAGAAAAAAAAAAAAAGAAACUUAUUUCUGAAAGAAUGACAAAUACAAUGGCACUAGAUUUUCCUUUUCUUAUUUUGAGGUAUGAAGAGUAAUGAGUAUAGACACUGGCACAUUAAGUUUCCCCAAAAAAAAGUUUUCUUUUUUUUUUUUUCCUGUUAUUCUAAAAGAAAAAAAGAUGGUGGCCUUAAGGCUCAGUGGUUUGAUAUUGAUCUACUGGAUGGAUCCAAACUACGGGCCUCUAAAUGUAUGCUUUCCUAAAAUACUGAUUUAUGUGUUGAACACUACCGAAAGGCCUACGAAAGAAACACAUACACACAAACACACCUUUAGUCUAGAUACGUCUGAAUGACUUUAAAUGAGCAAAUAUGUUUGAAUGUUUGUGAUUUUUGCAUAUAAGUCUGUCUCUUUUAUUUGUCCAAGUGUGUGCGCGUCUGCGCGUGUGUGUGUGUGUGUAUUGCUAUGACACAUGAAUCAUGGCAGUUGUGAAUCCAUAUUGACCAGUUUGGAAACAUAGAUGUCCAAGCUUACUGUGGUAUAAUUUUAAACAACGAUAACAAUAAAAGACAAAAAACUGAAGAAAAAAAAAACCUGGGGUUGGGCUACAUAUUCCCUCUAAAAAUACUGAUGGUCACAAGAUUGCCUUCUUCUAUCAAAUAAAAAAAGGAGAGUACUUAAUUUGA